CCUGAAUAGCGACUCUUUUGUCCUCCUUUAUUAUCCUCUUCCUAUCUUGUCUAUUCUCAUUUUUUGCCCCUCAUCAGCAUCAUCUCCUUUCGCGCCUGGUGAGCGUGAUUGUGUGAUUGAUUUUCUGAUCGUUUCCUUCUUGUUCUUUUCCGUAUCUCACACCUUCAGCUCCUCAGCCUCACCCUAUAUGAUCGCCAGUCGCUAAUUGCUCGCUCUACUGCCUAACCUGGCUUGACCUUGCUUCUCUGAUACGGUUACGGCCUCGAUAUAUACUUCGAUCAUUUGCGACGUGCGGUCUCUACAAUAAAAGCCCAAGUUACUCCAAGCAUAAUACCUUGGCGCGACUAGCCCAACAUGCGCUUCUCGCCUCUUGCGAUCCUCGCUGGGCUGUCAGCUGUAGCUCUGGCCGAAGAGGAGAGGAACCCGGUGACCGAUCCUACGACUUUCAAUGGAAAGGCCGUACCGCCAUUCAAGGAGCUCACACCAUCAAACUGGGAGGAGGAAACAAAGAAGAAUAAGUUUUGGAUGGUCAAGCAUUACAGUCCCUACUGUAAGCACUGCACGAGAUUUGCUCCAACUUUCCAGACACUCUACGAAUUUUACUACACCUCAAAGCCCCCGACCGAUAACCCGGAUGACACUUUCACAAAGUACUACGAUUUCGCAUUCGGCACGGUGAAUUGCGUUGCCUACUAUGAUUUCUGUAUGGACCACAACAUUCAGUCAUACCCGACAACGAUCCUCUACGAAGAUGGAAAGGUGCUCGACACGCUGCGAGGAAUUAAGAAUAUGACAGCGUUGACGACCUCGGUCGAGAAUGCGCUAUCCAAAACACACCCAGGACGCCCUGCACUCGUGGAAUUGCCCCAACCUGGCGAUACUGUGUACCCUGCACCCAAGGCUGAGGAACCAGCCGCCGAGAAGAAGGUUGAAGGAGCUCAGGGAGACGCUAAGGCUCCUGUAGAGAAGCCCGCAGUUAAUGCCGAGAAACCCCUCGACGCCGUUGCUGAAAAGCCGGUCGAGGAGCCAGCCGGUAAAAAUGCGGGCAAGUCUCUUGAUGACAUUACCGAGUCACCCAAGGAUGCAGAGAAAUCUGACAAGACCGAAUCAACCGAGAAGAAGCCCGAGGAAUCUGCUGCUGCUAAGGACGAAAACAAGAACACGUUUGGCGCUGAUUGGAAGGUUCCCAGCACAGGCCAGAUGCUGAAGAAGACCAAGCCCAAGGAUACCACUCCUAAGUACAAUUUGGAGGGUACAAGCGUGCCUCUGACUCCUGAAAACUUCGACAAGUUGGUCACAAGCUCGAAGGAUCCCUGGUUUAUCAAGUUCUAUGCACCUUGGUGCUCUCACUGCAAGGCUAUGGCCCCUACAUGGCAGCAGUUAGCCAAGAACAUGCAAGGAAAGCUCAACAUUGGUGAGGUCAACUGCGAGGCGGAUCACAAGCUUUGCACACAGAUGGGUGUCAAGGCAUUCCCUACCAUCUAUUUCGUCACAGGCGCCGAAAAGGCUGAAUACAAGGGUCUUCGUGGAGUUGGUGAUUUUGUUGCAUACGCCGAGGGUGCUCUUGAGGUUGCUGGUGGCGUUAUUGAUGUUGAUGCCGAGAGUUUUAAAGAGCUUGAGAAGACCGAGGAGGUUCUCUUUGUCUACUUCUACGAUCAUGCCACUACUACCGAGGACUUCAAGGCACUGGACGCCCUACCUCUCAACCUCAUUGGGCGGGGCAAGAUUGUCAAGACAAGUGACCCUGAGCUUUGCUCUCGAUUCAAGAUCACAACUUGGCCCAGACUUCUGGUGUCUCGCGAGGGCCGUGCUACUUACUACACCCCUAUCACUCCUAAUGAGAUGAGAGACGUCGAUUCUUUGGUCUCCUGGAUGAAGUCUACUUGGCUCCCGCUUGUUCCUGAGAUGACUGCCAUUAACGCCAAGCAGAUCAUGAGCCACAAGCUGGUUGUGCUUGCAAUUCUGAACCGCAAUGACGAGGACCGCCUACAAAAUUCCAUCUCAGAGCUCAAGAACGCCGCCAACGAGUGGGUUGAUCGCCAGGUGCAGGAAUUCCAGCUUGAGCGUAAGAAGCUCCGAGAUGCUAAGCAGAUGAGAAUCGAGGAGGCCCAGAGCCGUGACGAUCAGCGUGCCCUUCGUAAUGCCAAGGCCAUCAAGAUUGAUAUGGACUCUACCCGUCGUAAGGAGGUUGGCUUCGCUUGGGUUGAUGGUAUCUUCUGGCAGAGGUGGAUUGCCACAACCUACAACAUCGACGUACGAGAUGGCGAGCGUAUCAUCAUCAACGAGGAAGACCGGCAUCAAUUCUGGGACACUACCCCUACAGGUAACCAGAUCAUGGUUAGCCAUACCUCUAUCAUGGACACUCUUGACAAGAUUGUCUAUGGCCCCAACCCAAUCUCUCCCAAGUACACCAUCGGUACUUUCGCCAAGUUCUUCUUCGACAUCAAGAUGAACUUUGUCGACCACCCAUUCCUGUCAAUGGGAUUUGUCAUUGCCGUUGGCUUUGGUCUCUACUCUUGGAUCCGCAACCGUACCAGACGGUCUCGCGGCACUUUCUUCCGCAUGGACGACUCCCUUGGCCUCAAGGAUGGCCUUCUGGGACAGAACGGCAAUGACAAGUCUGACUAGACUUGCAGGCUGUGAAACCACCGCUGUUGAGCGGAAAGGGGAGAAGAGAAAAUUGGACUGAUACAUGUCAAUGCAAAUCGACAGGGGUUAUUGGAAUGUGUUCACAACAGGAUUUGCUAUUGUCAUGUGUUGAUAAAUUGCGGAGUUUUGGGUCUGAUAUCUAUUUAUUUAGAUUGCGUGUUACUGUAUACUGAUUGAGCUGAUGCGGGAAUACCACGCUUGCGUACAUGUCACGGUCCGUCCUACCUUAAACCAACCUAUGUGCUUGAAACGUGCUGAUGCAGUGACCUCUU